AGAUGCCCAUUUUGGGGGUCCUGCAAGGAGAAUUUCAGCCCAAGAGCAUUUCUUCCCUCCCUGCUCGCUGCUCAAGGCAGCAGCUGGAAAAUGAUGCCAUCUGCAGAGUUUGGAGUCUGUUUCUGUUCCCCUUCAGGGCCCAAAGGGUCUUGAUCCGGCCCUCCUCCUGCAACCCCCCCAUCCCACCCUGGUCAAUGGGGUGGGCAUGGAGUUGGGCAACCACGCAAGGGAGCCCAAAGAGGAGGAAGCCGAAGGCAGCGCCGUCACGUCCGGCUCCCAUGCGAAAAGAGGAAGGGGCUACUCCCAGGAAGGGGGAGGAGGAAGUGGGGCAGAAGGAGCCCUUGGAGAAGCAAGAGAUUUUGGAAAGGGGGGACGCGGAUGGCGAGAGAGGAGAAAGAGGCAAGGUGUUGCAUCUCCAGACACUGUGAUCUUCCUUAUUCCAAGCCAGGCCAUUGGUCCACCAGGAGAAGAGAGGAGCAAGUGACAGAGAUUUACAUUCCUCCCACUCCAAAGCAGACAGUGGAGAAGACAAUCAGAAUUUUGGGUGACCAUUUGAAAUUUCAUUGGGAAUACAAAGAAACGAUUUAAAGGUGUGGAAUACAGAAUGUACUACAGUCAGUGAAUGCAUAUCAAUGAAUGCACACAGUGGAGAAACAAUUGGAAGGUAUGGAGUACGUAAAUAAUUUCAGUGGGAGUCGGCGGCUUCAAAAACGUCAACGGAUUCACACAGAUGAGAAACCAUUUAAAUGUAUGGAGUGUGGAAAGAGCUUCAAUCGCGGUGUAGAACUUAAUAUACAUCACCGAACUCACAUGGGGGAGAAACCAUAUAAAUGUAUGGAGUGUGGAAAGAGCUUCAGUCAUAGUCAAACCCUUAAAACGCAUCAUCGAACUCACACAGGUGAGAAACCAUUUAAAUGUAUGGAGUGUGGAAAGAGCUUCAAUCGCGGUGUAGAACUUAAUAUACAUCACCGAACUCACACGGGUGAGAAACCAUAUAAAUGUAUGGAGUGUGGAAAGAGCUUCAGUCAUAGUAGCAACCUUCCAAGACACCAACGAACUCACACAGGGGAGAAACCAUAUAAAUGUAUGGAGUGUGGAAAGAGCUUCAGUCAUAGUCAAACCCUUAAAACGCAUCAUCGAACUCACACAGGUGAGAAACCAUUUAAAUCUACGGAAUGUGGAAAGAGCUUCCAUAACAGUGGAAACCUUAAUUCACAUCAUCGAACUCACACUGGUGAGAAACCAUUUAAAUGUAUGGAGUGUGGAAAGAGCUUCAGAGUUAAUGGAAAACUUAGAAGACAUCAACAAACUCACACAGAGGAAAAACCAUUUAAAUGUGCAGAGUGUGGAAAAAGCUUCUGUCAUAGUAAAGCGCUUAUAAAACAUCAGCAGACCCACACAGGGGAGAAACCAUUUAAAUGUACGGAAUGUGGAAAGAGCUUCUCUUAUAAGAGGAAACUUAGAAUACAUCAACGAACUCACACAGGGGAGAAACCAUAUAAAUGUAUGGAGUGUGGAAAGAGCUUCAGUCAAAGUAGCAGCCUUUCAAGACACCAACGAACUCACACAGGGGAGAAACCAUAUAAAUGUAUGGAGUGUGGAAAGAGCUUCCAUAGCAGUGGAAACCUUAAUUCACAUCAUCGAACUCACACUGGUGAGAAACCAUUUAAAUGUAUGGAGUGUGGAAAGAGCUUCUGUCAGAGGGGAGGCCUUACAAAGCAUCAACAGUCUCACUUGGGAAGGAACCUUAAAAUGUAUUGAUCGUGGAAAGAGCUUAUUUCAGAGUGGAAGCCUUAUAAAGUACCAACAAAAACAAAUGGGAGAAACCGCUUAAAUAGGACUAUGGAAUGUGCUUCACUUAUAAUGGGAUGCUCAGAAAACGUCCACAUACUCUCAUUGGGGAGAAAGUCAAUUGUAAGUGCAGGAGGUUUAUGUGGAGUUCUGGUGUUUGUAUAAUAGAUUUUAGAGGGGGACCCCACUAAACCCUAGAAAUGAAUAAAUGCCAGGGGAUUGAAUAAAGUCGAAGCUGCAGAGCUGUGCCAAACGGAAUUCCUGGCUGGCUUAGUGAAGAGGAAACCUGUUAAUGUGACAAAAUGAGUUGUUGGACCAUCUUGGACUGAAGAUUCAGAUGUUCUAAAGCAGGCAUGUCCAACUCCCAAGAGACUGUGAUCUACUCCCAGUAUAAAAAAAACUGACAGUCAUCUACCCAUUGUCGUUAAUGGAAGGGGGAGCAUGCGUGGGGUGGAAGGGGGGAGGCCAGAGUUGUGGAGCUUCCUUGGGGGAGAGGCUUUGGGGGGGCGGGUUGCAAGACUAGUGCAGCUUUUGGGGGACAAAAAACGCUAGAGGUAAUUUAAGCAGAAAAGCAUGCAUGCUAGGAAUACACCAAGGGGGGUGGGGCUCUUUUACAUUGAAUUAUCACUUUAUGUCAUCCCUCAAUCGACCUAUAACACACUGGCGGUCCACCUGUCGAUCACAGUCCAUUGGUUGGGCACCUCUGUUCUAAAGGUUGCCCAGGUAACUGUGUUUUUGAGGUGACAGGGAAAGGGAGUCUGGUUGCGGGGAAGAAGCAGGGAGAAGAGCCCAGAUCCAUCUUUACGUAGGGUGGGUGGUGGCAGAGAUGCCUUGGACUCCAGAGCUGCAUUGCUGUGGGGUACAAGCCACACUUGAGAGGACCAUGCUUUAAGAUCUGGACACCCUCCAUGCAGAUUGAAGGUGUAAAUAGGGGAAUAAACCACAUAUAUUGAAGUCGCGACAGUCGCCGCCGUGUCUUCCAUUCUCCAAAGGAAAGCAGACCCCAUGGGCUUGGCAGAGAGAGGAGCAGGCACCCGACUUUUGUAACAGUAUGUAAAGUUGUGUAAAUGUGUGUUUAAAGAAAGGAACGUUGUAUCUCACAGUACUGAGUAUAACAUUUGAUGUAAAAAGAAUGUUUCAAGCUGAA